UUCCUCUCGCCUCCGCCCGUCUCCCCAGCUCACCGGCUGGCGUCGCCACCGCCUCCUCGUCCCCGGCCACCGCUGUCGCCGCUGCUGCAAUCCAGGACGCACACUUCCACUUUCCCUCUGGAGGCGCGGAGGAUGCCCCUUGCACCACAGCCGGAGAAAUAGCCCCCGGGCCCGGCUGGUGGAGGAGCCUUGGUGGAGAGGAAGGAAACCCAGACCCGCGUUCCUUGAUGCCACUGCAGCGGCUGGCAGCCGGGAAGGCGCCCACAGAGCCGCACGCCAAGCGAGCGGGGCGCGGGAGUCUCAGAGAGGGACCCCGGGCGCCUGCGGGGCCCCGCGGGCGGAGUUUGCAAGUGGCUGAGACCCUCUCAGGUGGCAGCCCCGAGCCCUGAUGCGUGACCGGAUGGAAACCGGCCUGCUUCUGUCUCCAGGAGGUGGACACACCCCGCUCGGUCGCCCGCUGGGAGAGAGAAGCCAGGACCGGUCUCAGUGAAGUGAGCCAGCCUGACGGCCGAGGGGCCCAGAAAGGACAAGGAGGGCUUCACAGCUGCCGGGGCCUGCAGAGUCCUCCUCCAGUUUAUAUUUUCAAAGUUCCUCGGGAACUCUCUGAGGCGAAGAACAAGAUGUAGGAAAAUGGGACCUACUCCUGGGGAUCCCGAGCCUCCAAACUCCUUUUGUGGCCCGAGGAAGCUCGCCUUUACCUCGGGACAGCUGGGGAGCUCCGCCCUCGGUUCUCUCGGCCUCAGCCAAGUGCUAGACUUGCCCUUCAGCUCUGGUCCUGGCAACCACCUUCGCAGAGGGCACCAGCCUGCAGACCCCCAGGGGUUCCGUCCCUAAGGGGAGCUUGGGAAAGGAGGCCUCCUCUGUUCCCUCCCCGUGUGUCCCCUCCAGCUAAACCCCAGCAAGCCAGUCCGGAAUGAUCCGGCUAUGGCCAAGCUCUGGUUCAAGUUCCAGCGGUACUUCCGCCGGAAACCUGUGCGUUUCUUUACCUUUCUGGUGCUCUACCUGACGGCCGGGAGCCUCGUCUUCCUUCACUCUGGCUUCGUGGGCCAGCCCGCCGUGUCCCAGAACCAGGCCAACCCGGCCGCCGGGGCCCCGGCCGAGGGCGCCGAGCUGCCCUUCCUGGGCGACUUGCAUCUGGGCAGAGGCUUCCGGGACACGGGCGAGGCCGCGAGCAUCGCCCGCAGGUACGGACCCUGGUUCAAGGGCAAAGAUGGCAAUGAGAGAGCCAAACUGGGCGACUACGGAGGAGGAGCGUGGAGCCGAGCCCUCAAGGGGCGGGUUGUCCGGGAGAAGGAGGAGGAGCGAGCCAAGUACAUCGGCUGCUACCUGGAUGACACCCAGAGCCGGGCCCUGCGAGGCGUGUCCUUUUUCGACUACAAAAAGAUGACUGUCUUCCGUUGCCAGGACAACUGUGCAGAACGGGGUUACCUGUACGCUGGGCUGGAGUUCGGUGCCGAGUGCUACUGCGGGCACAAGAUCCAGGCGACCAAUGUGAGCGAGGCCGAGUGUGACAUGGAGUGCAAGGGCGAGCGGGGCAGCUUGUGCGGCGGCGCCAACCGCCUCUCCGUCUACCGGCUGCAGCUGGCCCAGGAGUCCGCCCGCAGGUAUGGAAGCGCGGUCUUCCGUGGCUGCUUCCGCAGGCCCGACAACCUCUCCCUGGCCUUGCCCGUGACAGCCGCCAUGCUGAACAUGUCCGUGGACAAGUGUGUGGAUCUCUGCACAGAGAAGGAGUACCCGCUGGCGGCGCUCGCGGGCACCGCCUGCCACUGUGGCUUCCCCACCACGCGGUUCCCCCUCCACGAGAGGGAAGACGAGCAGCUCUGUGCCCAGAAGUGCAGCGCGGAGGAGUUUGAGAGCUGUGGGACCCCCAGCUACUUCAUCGUGUACCAGACGCAGGUCCAAGACAACCGCUGCAUGGACAGAAGGUUCCUCCCAGCCAAGUCCAAGCAGCUCAUCGCUCUGGCCAGCUUCCCGGGGGCCGGCAACACGUGGGCUCGCCACCUCAUCGAGCUGGCCACCGGCUUCUACACCGGCAGCUACUACUUCGACGGCUCCCUCUACAACAAAGGGUUUAAAGGUGAGCGGGACCAUUGGCGCAGCGGGAGGACCAUCUGCAUCAAGACCCACGAGAGCGGCCAGAAGGAGAUCGAGGCCUUCGAUGCCGCCAUCCUGCUCAUCCGUAACCCCUACAAGGCCCUCAUGGCGGAGUUCAACCGCAAGUACGGUGGCCACAUCGGCUUUGCUGCGCAUGCCCACUGGAAGGGCAAAGAGUGGCCAGAGUUCGUGAGGAACUACGCCCCGUGGUGGGCCACUCACACGCUGGACUGGCUCAAGUUCGGCAAGAAGGUGCUGGUAGUGCACUUCGAGGACCUAAAGCAGGACCUGUUCGUCCAGCUGGGCCGGAUGGUGGGCCUGCUGGGCGUGGCCGUCAGGGAGGACCGGCUGCUCUGCGUGGAGAGCCAGAAGGACGGCAACUUCAAGCGCUCGGGGCUCCGGAAGCUGGAGUACGACCCCUACACGGCGGACAUGCAGAAGGCCAUCUCCGCCUACAUCAAGAUGGUAGAUGCGGCCCUGAAAGGGAGGAACCUCACGGGCGUUCCUGACGACUACUACCCCAGAUGAUGGGUCGCCUGGGGAGGGGAGGCCUGGCCAAGCUGGGGACUUGAGGCCCCUGGGGACCCCUGCCCCUCGGGCCUCUCUUUGGUAUGGGGACCUCCCCUUGGCUGCUGUCGGCCUUCCAUGAGUUUCCUGCAUGACCAAGGAGCCUCUGGGGAAGAGGCUGUCCGGGCACAGCCCACCUGCUCACAGUCCCCUUUACAGACGCCAGAAGCCACUGAUCGGGGGUGUUCCAGCCACGCAGACCCCCUUCUGUCUCCCACAUCCCUGCCCCCACCACUCUGGGCUCCUCUCAUGGGGGUCCCGGAGACAUGGGUGCCUCACCCAGGUGCGGAGGCCCUUGACGCAAGAGCCGAAGGGGCAGGGGGAGGAAAGUGGCCCCCGUCACUCUGCCCUCCCGGGCUGAGCCUCCAGACCCUCCCCUUCUCUCCACCCAAGGACGCCCAGGUCCAUCCGGCCCUCGUGCCCAAAGGUCAAAGAUUGCUGGGAGGUUUCUCUGUAGCCUUAGGUUUCUGACGUUCGGGUGGGGCGGGGAGGCCCUGGUGCUCCCAGCAGGUUAAGUGUCACCACUGUGGCGGGGGGCGGGGCGGUCACUCACAAGGAGCCCACCCCCAGGUCACACUGCUCCUAAGAAACGAUCAGGCGCCUGUUCACCUCCAAGGUCAGGAUUCUGCCCUUUUCCUUCCCCCGCCCCCGGGAUCCGGGUAACGCAUCGCUCCAUUGUGGCGCCGACACAUUGAUCUGACACUGCCUUCCGACCCCUGCCGAUGGGUCCUUCGCUAGCCAGGUGGGAGCGCAGAGCCAGGGAGCUCCAAAACAGGUGGAUCCAAACCCAAAAGGGACCCCCGCUGCCUUCUCAGGCCAUCUGCCUCCCCGCGAUCAUGGCUCAGAAAGUGGCAGCUUCUCCUGGGAGCCCUUUAAGGAACAGUGAAACCGAUGGGGUGGCCCUCCAUUCCCACACAAAUGCCACUCUCCUGAAGCUGAGACAGCAAACCAAAGGAUCCCUGAGGACCUGGGUCCCCGACCCUCCAUCUUAGAAAGCGCGGGUCCAGGAUCCCUCCGCUCCCCCCACCUCGGAGACCAGUGGCUGCACCCCCGGCCCCCCUGUGCACCUGCUCCAUCUCACCAUGUAGAUGCAAAAGCCAUAGGCCACAGCUCUUUACUCUUCUGCCCGGAGCAACCCCCUCCCCCCAAAACAGCCCCUCUGAAGCCUUGGCUUGUAGGACAAGGCUCAUUCCCAAAUAGCCAAGAGACUAUGGAGAAGGCGAGUGUGAAGAGAUCUAUUUUUUUAAGAGGAAUAUGACUCAUACAUUCCGCCCCUUGGAGCCCAGCCGUGAAAGAGGAAGGGGACCUGCAGUUGUCUCCCUGACCCCCUCAUCUGUAGGGUGUGGGCUCCCCCAGGGCCCAGCCAGGGGGCUCUGAAUGUAUUUUGUACCGUGUUUCUUUCCCCCAAGCUAAUUUCUAGUCCUUUCAAAGCGGGAGAGGGCCUGGCCCCCCGCCCCCUCAGAGGCCAGCUCUCUCUGGGAGCCUCUUGUCCCGAGACCCAGGGCCAGUUCUUUGUUGGUGGCCAACUCAGGCCCCAAGCCCCUGUCUGAAGAUUCCUCAGGUCAA